AUGCUGGGCAUCAACAUGCUCGUCUUUCUCGCUCCCCUCGGCGUCAUUGCCCUCGGUUCUCUCAUCAUCGAAGUCAGCCAAAAGGCAAAUCGCUGGCAACGUACCUCCAUCGCCGCAAUCAUGGCCUUGCUCUCCGUUUGCUGUGCCAUCAUCACCAUUUUGUCGUGGAUCUAUCUUUUGAAACCCGCCACCGUGUACAAUUAUGAUGACGAUCAGCAAAACGUCCUAGAAAACGACGCCCUGCUUGUUCUUAUUGGCGGUUUUAUCGCCAUGGCCUUUACUCCCUUGACACUCGGUGAGCCGGCUUCUCGGCUUGUUUUGCUUGCCACGCGGCCUGAUUGUCCAACUCAUGACGUUACUUUUUUUUCCUUUCUGUCUCCGCAAAUCCGCGCCCGACAACCAGUCACCGCCUAUCUGGCCACGUACCAUCUCACCUAUCGCCCGGCCACCUUCCGGCCCAAGACCAGCCGCCAGCCCCUGACACGCUCCUCCUUCAAGGAAAACUGGAAGCCCAUCGCCAUGCUCUUCCUGCUCUUUCUUGUUUGGGGAUUUUCCGAUGGCACCUUCAGCGCCGUUUGGAACUAUUCGGCCCACUCCUAUUUUAUGGCCACCUCCUCCUUCGCCGUCAUUGAGACAGAGGUUGACAAUCAAUUCUACUUCAAGGUGUACGAGGACACCCUCGUGUACUUUGCGUUUUUGACUUUUGUGGUCGUGCUGGGCGUCAUCACCCAUUUCAGCCCUCGCAUCCAGCGCACCAUGCAUACACGAUACAAGGUGUAUGCUCCACUGAGCAGCUACCUGCCCUAUGGCGUAACUGUGGGGGAGACUCUGCUCCUGCUUGCCGUGGCCGGUCUGGCUGGGUACUGGCUCUAUUUUUGGCGUUGGGGAUACGAUCGCAUCACAGUGCGUGCCAUCAAGUAUCAUCGCGCACUUGGCGUGAUCGUCUGGACCUUGGUGACAAGUCACAUGAUUCUCUGGAUGAUCAAGUGGUUGCGCGACAGCACCCUGUUGCACAACAUUUUUACCAUUGACGACCUCAAGAUUACUCACGAGAACAUCCACUAUGACAACUUUACGAUUGUGAUGGUGGAGACAGCCUGGUUGCUGAUGACCAUCAUGGUCGGAUUGGCCCUGUGGACUCGUCGCUCCUCCUAUGAGUUGUUUUAUUUUACCCACUACUUUGGUAUCUUCUUUUACAUUGCUGCUCUAGUUCACGCUUGGUCCUUUUGGUACUACACCAUCGGUGGUCUUGUCUUGUGGCUGUACGACCGCUGCAUGCGUAUUGUCUCGGCCUCGGGCCCCGUGGAUCUCAAAAACGCCUACUAUGACAUCGAUGCUGGCGUGGUACGUGUUUCUAUGCCCGCCUCUGACCAGAUCCAGACUCGUGAUGGCCAGCUGUUGACGCACCCUUUGGACACUGGCGUGCUGGGCUCGUAUCUAUCACAGACGGUUUUGCACUGGAACAAGCCCGGCUUUCAACAUCGAGCUGGCCAGUAUGCUUGGAUUUGCGUGCCCUAUGUCUCACAUCUGGAGUGGCACCCUUUCACCAUCAGCUCCCACCCAUCGGCGAGCGAGCAUACGUUUCAUAUCAAAGCCAUGGGCAAGAACACGUGGACAGAACGCUUGGCUCAUGCCGUGGAACGGGACCCGCACAUGAUUACUCUGCGCAUUGAUGGCCCCUACGGUCGCCCAGAAUACUUUGAUCAGUGCUCGAAUUUACUUCUGGUGGCUGGCGGCAUUGGCAUUACGCCAAUUUACGCCAUUCUGUCCGAGCUCAGCGAGCUGUACAACAGCGGUGAAGGUCUCGGCAAGAUCCGCAAGGUCACCCUGGUCUGGUGCAUGCGACAGCCUGCUUUGCGCCAGACAUUUGCGCAGAUGAUCAUGAUGGCAGCCCGCCAAUCAGAGGUGUUUGAUAUCAAGCUUUACUUCACGCGCGGAGACGUUGGCUCUUUUGGCCGUGCCACUGAUGAGGUGGAGGGUUCGGAAAAGAAACAGUUUCUGGACUCGUGCGUGCGCAAGGGCCGACCAGACUUGGACUCCAUUGCGAGCAAACUGCCAUCAGGACGCGACACGAUGUUGAUGGUCUGUGGCCCGCAGCCCAUGAUCAAGGAGUGCUCUGAUAUUGCUUUUGCGUACGACUUUAGCAUGCACCACGAAGUCUUUACUUUUUAGAUCCUCAACACCAUUUCGGUUUGAGAAACGUUAGCAUGCCCUGUCUAAAGCCGUGCCUUGCUGAACACCCAAUAAGGUUAUCCUCGUUGUUGUCGCGUAUUUGCGCCGCUCAUUGUUCUUGUGGGCCUUUUUUUCUUUCUUUUUUUUCUCUUGAGUUUUGUGUGUAUCUGUCAGCUCCGUCUGGAGCGUGUGAGAGAGUUUGUGACCAAGAAUUCAACUCGACCAAGCCA